GUUUUUGCUGUGACGGGAUAACAAAGGGUUGUACACUAUGUUUUUAAUUUGACUAGAGCUUCAGUAGAGUUGUAUUUUGAAAAAUAUAUUACACCAGAAGCACUAUAAUGUUUAUUGCGCUUAACUCGAUUCACGACAUACUGCAUACCUGUACUAAAGCACUUCACCUGACGGUGUCGCACAGUUUGCGGUUUUUCAUAAGCGGUUCUAAGGGUGUUCAACAACAGUUACUUGUGGCUUCACCCGGCGUUUAGACGCGGGUCUUCCGGCUAGUUCCAACAUUAUUCUUACGCAUGUUCUUAUAUAUUGCAAUCUAACAAGUUUUUCUUUAUUAACUGUAAUUUAUAUAAAAUGCAAAUUUUUUCCUCUCAUGGUGUUUCUUAGUUUCCCAGCCCCCUAAACUCACCCCUAUAGUUCGAUUGAAAAAUGUUAUCUGAAAUAAAAACGUUUCAUUAUAGAAAGCAUUUAAAAUGAAAUUUCACUUUUUCUUUCUUUAUUACAAUUGUAAGCAAUUAUGGUUAAAUUACGAUACAAUAAAUAAACGCAAUUGUUAAAGUAAGAAAGAACUUUGACAUUAUCUCAGACAAAAUGACAGCCUUAGAAGGUGUAAAAAAGAAGAACCUUUAUAUUUGUUUAACAGUUUUGGUAAUGUUGAAAACAGCAAUGUCUGGGUCAGUUGAAGCUAUUACAAGAAAGAAAGAAACACUUGUUAACACAACUGCAGAAUUAAGUUGAAAAAUGGAAACUAAUCAGCCAAAAGAAACUUUAUUUGGUGUCCAAUUGUAUGAAGCUGGUGUGCUAGUAAUAGAUGACAAGUCUGGAACAGUAACCGAGGCUGGUAAAAGAGAAUUUGGUGGUAGAUUAUCAGCAAGCCUUUUAAAUGAUAUAUAUAAAAUGUUCAUCAAAAAAAUCCGAUACAAUGAAGUGAAGUCUUUUACAUUAUUAGCUGUAUUCAACACGGCGUCAGGUGUUAUUGCUGUUAAUCAUACUGCAUCUAUCACGAAUGUUAAAGGUGGACCUGACGUAUGUGGGAUCUCUCUAAAGUCAAGUUACAUUGUCAAUGAAGGAAAAGAAUUAUCUUUCCUAAGCGAGGUUUGUGGAAAUCCAAAACCUAUUUUGACUUGGAAAAUGGAGAACGAACUAGGGUAUUCAUAUUCUACCGACAUUCGAUACAUGGAAACUUUUACAAGGCGCUAUCGAUAUAUUUAUAGAACUCACAGCUCUCUUACUCGUAAACAUUGUGGAACAAAGAUUAUUUUCAAUGCUAAUGGUGCGAAUGAAAUGAUUACAGGAGAAGCAGUAAUUAGUGUAACAUUUUGGCCUCGAAAAAUCCGGAAAGUAAUCUUUUACAGAGAUAAUGAUUGUGUAAAUGGUACAUGGACAAGUGAAGCAACUGGAAAUUGUGCACUGACUUACCAUAUUCAUUUUGGUGAAAAAAGUGGUAUUCAUAAUACAACCGACACACAUUACGCUCUAUGCAACAUAUUUAAUAUUUCCAAUGUAGUUAUUUGGGCUUCAUACAAAUAUAAACACGGCCAGAAAACAAAAGUGAAUAUCAGUUUAACAACUCCAGUACCAUCUACAAAGGCCGCAGAUACUUGUAAACAUCCUAUACCGUUUGAAGUGAAAAGUUUGGAUACCAAGAAAUUUUUGGUAACAAUAAUUAUAACGCUGGUUAUCACGCAAAUAGCAAAUAUAUGUAUUUAUGGGUUUAAGAAGCUCAGAGGAACUGGAGGUAAUAGUAGAAAUAAGCAAAGCACAAGAAAAGACGACGGAACUAAAGAUAGCCAAGAUUAUGAAUUAUUUCCUACAACAACAUCUCAUUAUACAGGCCUUCAAUUGGAAGCAAGAGAGGAAAUUGUUUAUGCCGAUUUAUCACCAACAACAGUCAAUGAGUAUUCAGAAAUUGGAACAGAAAAUAUGUCAAAACAAACUUAUUAAUUUCAGCAUACAUUAUACAUGCUUUGUACACUAAACAUCUUAAGUGGUUUAUUAAUAAUUAUACCUGGUCUUAUGGUUACAGUAUUCGUGAUAUUCCUGACAGUAGAAAAGUUUGUCCGGUUUGUUCACACGUUCAAAUCACGGAAAAAUAGUAGAAAAUUUGAAACUAGUUGUCAGUUGUUAGUACGCUAACUUAAAAUGCCCUUGAAAAUUUGGGUUAGGGAAAUUCAGACGUUGGUGCUUCCCCAAAUUAAGAUACAUGUCUAGGGAAAAUAAAGUUAGUUUAAACAUUUCUUGCAAGUCUCGGAGGACAGCGACAACCAAAGCAUCAAGAAAAGGGACUAGAUUAGGGUACAGCAUCAAGCAUACAAUAGGCGCUCAAUUAAUUUUAUUUUCUUCAUUUUCAUUUUCUAAAAUCUUUAUAUUUUUUGAAUAUUUGUUUUCUGUUUGUUUUCAAUGUUAAGAUAAAUAUAUUGUCCUGUUUUUUAGCUACGUGCAGAUGCACCAGUUUUAGGAUUUUGGGCUAUAGGAACAAAUAUUGUGAAGGCUAGCUAGCUAGCUACAGCCUUACUUUUUACCAUUCUGUUUGGUAUAGGAGCUUUUUAUCCGAUCCAACAUUUUUUAUGUU